AUGGGGAGGGAACGGGGGGAGGAGGGUGGCAGAGCUUGGAGCGCCGCCACGAGAGCUCCAGUCAUGCUUCCCACAACUCACAUUUUCUGUCAGUCGGGACGGCUUCAGAGGAUUCACACGGAGCCGAGGCGAGCCGAGGAGGGAGCUCUGCUUUCCAGGCUCACCCUGGACCAUCUGCUCCUCAUUAUUUCUGCCUCCAGCCCCAAACUGACGACGAACUGCUCAGAUAUCAAAGAAGUCCGCCGAUGCAACCGACUGGAGAUGCCCGACAACUUAAACACGUUUGUUUUAAAGGUUAAUCGAGGUAGUCUGAUAUUUGAGACAGACAACGACCAGCAGGUCAGCUCCUGGACCACAGAGCUAAAAGAAUGUAUCAGCAACAGGCAAUCAGUCAUCGGGGCCCUGGGUCAGCUCCGUGUUUACACUACACCUUCGGGAGGGAGAGGACCUUUUGUUCCCACUGGACUGUUGGGGCUUGACGGGGCAGAAAACAAUGCGGUUUGGAAGCUGAAUAGUGGAAGUCAGGAGAGCAGCGUGGGAGCCUCAGAGAACUCCCGACCUUCUGUUUCCUUCCCCGUUCUCUCGACUCGCCCCGCCAGCACACACUCCAACGCCCGGCGUUGUGAGGACACCCAUCGGCAGUGCCCCGUUGUGGCUGGUUUGCUCAUGGCGUCCCCAGGUCCGGUCACCUUCAGCCUGCCGGAGCAGCUCAUCCAGAAGACGGAUCACUUCCUGUUCUCCUACCCCUGGUUCCACGGGCCCAUCUCCCGCGUGAAGGCGGCCCACCUGGUCCAGGGCUCCGGGCCCGAGGGCCACGGCGUGUUCCUGGUGCGGCAGAGCGAGACGCGGCGGGGGGACUACGUGCUCACCUUCAACUACCAGGGAAAAGCCAAGGUACGCCGGAGGGCGAGGGACGCCGGGGGGAGGGCGGGGGGAGGGCGGGGGGAGGGCGGGGGGACGGCGUGGGAGGGCCGAGCUCUGACCCUGCUCUUGUCCCGGCAGCACCUGCGGCUCUCGCUGACGGAGUGGGGGCAGUGCCGCGUGCAGCACCUGCGCUUCCCCUCCGUGAUGGACAUGCUCAGCCAUUUCCGCUUCUUCCCCAUCCCGCUGGAGUGCGGGGCGGCGGGCGCCGUCACGCUGUCCAGCUUCGUGGGCAGCUCUCAGGCGCGCUCCUCGUCCCGUUCUCCCUGCACCGGUGGAGCUCGGAGCCCAGUCUGGCCCACUUCAGCCUGGCCCGCAGCUCCAGCCAGCCCCCCCCCCUUCUGCUCCGCCUCCUCCGCUCACAGCUCCGCCCCCCCGGCCGGCCGCGGCCCCGCCCCCGAGCCCGCCGCCCCCCCGCCGGCGCUGGCGGUGGCUCCGCCCCCCCUGCGGCGCAGCGAGUCGGUGGGGAGGAGGCCCCUGCUGCGCAGCCCCGCCCCCCACGCCCCCAUCAUCCCCCAGCGGGACUCAGACUAUGAGCUGGAGCCCGACCGGGGCCGCAAGCGGGCCAUAGACAACCAGUACAUGCUGACUCACUGA